AUGACCAGAAGAGCGGAACAAGCUAGGGUCGUUACCCCUGAUAGUCACGUGCGAACAAUACAUUCCAACUCCCCGCCAUCCAUGCAUUCAGCCCCAGCUGAGCGAGCCGCUAGCGAGGCUCUCCCCCCGGUACUACAAUCUGUUGGCCCACAGUUGCCAGCAGCUGGCGACAGAAUAGCUCAGUCGAAUCAUCGCGCACCUAUGCGUGAAAUGCAAGGAGAAAAUUUAGUUUCAAACCAACCCCCACCGCCGGGAGUUCAUUUUGGAAUGCCAUUCCCUACUGCUGCUCCACCAGCCAUCCCACUCGCCCAUCGUCCACAACCAUCCCGAAGCCAGCCAGUAGCAAUGUACAAUGAUCAUUGGGUCCCUAUGGUCGCCCCAUACCCCCUAGGACCUUACACUCAUAACGUUGCUGCUCCCUUCCCUCAACCUUACGUUGCUGGUUUCCUUUUCCACGGUUACGCUAUGCAACCUCAUAACGUAGCCAUCCCACAACCCCAAGGGACUUGUCAAAAUCCUGGUCAGCCACCAUAUGGCGCCCACCAGGCCUUGAACCACGCCCCAGCUCUCUCUUAUUCAGUUGAAGCCCCGCAUAUACCCCACCCACAACCGGACCAGCAUGCACGCAACCCUAAUGUAAGGAUAACGCAUGCUCAUACGUAA